CACACGCUGCGCUUCACGCCGUCCAUGAGCAGCGGCCUGGACCCUGACACCGAAACCGAGCUGCGCGUCACCGGCUGCGAGCUCAUCCAGGCGGCCGGGAUCCUUCUGCGGUUGCCGCAGGUGGCUAUGGCUACAGGACAGGUGCUAUUCCAGCGUUUUUUUUAUACCAAGUCUUUUGUGAAGCAUUCCAUGGAGCAUGUGUCCAUGGCCUGUGUUCAUCUGGCAUCCAAAAUUGAGGAAGCCCCCAGACGCAUUCGGGACGUGAUCAAUGUGUUCCAUCGCCUCAGACACCUGAGGGAGAAAAAAAAACCUGUGCCUCUAAUAUUGGAUCAAGAAUACGUGAACUUGAAGAAUCAAAUAAUUAAGGCAGAAAGAAGAGUGUUGAAGGAGUUGGGAUUUUGUGUUCAUGUGAAGCACCCUCAUAAGAUAAUCGUUAUGUACCUUCAGGUAUUAGAAUGUGAACGUAACCAACACCUGGUCCAGACUUCAUGGGUAGCCUCUGAGGGUAAGUGACUAAGACUUCUCCUCUGCUGCCCAUGGUGCAGGGAUAGCUGCCGUCUUCAGUCAACCCAAAGCUCUCCAAAGAGAAGGCUGGCUCUAGACAGGUGGUAUAUACAUGAUAGUAGAGUAACUGGCCAACUGCUUCUUGUGCUUUAUAAUUUUAUUUUUCACUCUGCAUUUUUUGAUUGUUUGUAUAUUUGAUAACCUGAGUGUUGAAAUUCUGAAAUUUUUGUUUUAAUGUUCUGUUUCUCUUAACUGUUAUAAUGUGAUGUGUUUCUUACAUGAGGACAAUUAAGUUGGGGUUUAGAUCUUAAAAAGGGAUGAAUUAACAAGAACAAAAAUUAAUAGUUUCCAUUUGUAAACUAGUAUAUGUGUGAAGCUUGGAGACAAAAUGUGGUAUUUAGAGACACUUCCCAGAAGCAUUGCAUGGAGCAGUGGAAUGGGGGUUCUGGACUUCCAGGAAUCUGCUGCUUGUGGGAGGAGGGGAGGUGAUGGGGAGGGAGGGAAUUAACCCAAUUGAGAAAGGGGUUAGAUGUUACAAUAGCACAUCUGUGUGCUCGUGUUUGUUGCUUCCAGUACCCAAAACUGGUGGGUAUCCAGUAUAACUGGUUUUUGACAUGCAUUUUUACAGCAUUACCUUUUUCUUAAGCUUUUGUGACAAGGAUUCAUUUCCUCCUGUGUCUGACUGAGCCCACAGGGAAGAGGCCAAACUUGGAAGCUGGCAUGGUUCUCAAUUUGACAAAUCAGAAAAAAAGCUUUCUAGCUUUUAGAUGUUUGAAGUCACCAUUUCCUUUAUCACUUCUUUGGCCAAAAAGUUUGUGCUCUCUUUGUAGUGGGACAAGAACUAGGUUUAGAAGUUCCUUUCUCCCAGAAAGAUGAGCUGAUGCUCAGUGUUGCUUUUUUGGGGCAGCAGUUGCUCUUUGUGUAAAUAAGAAUUGAGGACAGCUGGGGCAGGUGGCAGUUGGAAACUCCUGGGAUUCCAGUUCCUCCUCUCUGUCCUUGUAAAUGUUGCAGGUGCCUGGCCUGUGGUCUCUGCUUUGGAUAUUUUGGGGGUCAGUGAAUCUUUGUAUACUGGGUACCCAUAUGGUUAAUUAUUACUUUAAAGUAUUAUUUUAAAGAUUUUUAUUAUGUCUGGUUUUAGUUUUUCUCCAUCUGAUAUUUUACUGAUGUAUGUGCUCCCAAGUCUAGAUCUUCUAAAUCACAUGAGCUGACAGAUUCACAGGCAUUUACUUUGUGUAUUUAAGAUUUAACAACAUAAUGCUUAAGUGUACUGACUGGAAUAUGUGCAAUAUUUUACAGUUUUCUCAUUCUGUGAAUAUUCAUUUUAAGCAACCUUACUGAAAUGGGACAAUUUGGAAACCUUAUUUCAUGUGCCAAAGAGGAGAUCUGCCUGAAUACUGACUGUUCUCCCGAACUGAUGUUUCCAAACACCCUGAUUUCUCCUGUGGCUGACUUUUUGCAUCAAAAAGAAAUCUGUUCUGGAUGGAAAUGGACCCUUAAAUCCCACUGGAAGUUGACCUGUGUUGAAGAGGACUGCAUUUCAUGGGAGAACUGCUCCAGGAGCUGCAGCUUUUGCCAGACACUGGUUCUGCCCUAUUGCAGGGGAACAUGUGAACCUAAAAUUCUAUAACUGAGUAUUUCUGAGCACACUGUAUGUUGUCUUGAUGAAAAUAACUUGUUUAUUGCAUGAGAGCAGGCCAGUAGAGAUCCAGCAGCAAAAGUGAAGUUAAAAUUGGUUCUCUUCUCACCACUGAAUUUUCAGCAGUCAGACUUUGUUUCUGUCACAUGUCCCUCCCCUUGAGGGAUUUAUUCUUAGUUAUUCAUUUUAUUUUUGUAUCAGUAAAAUCAUUCAGCUUUUCUGUAGAUUUACAGGAAUGUCAUGUUGAAGUCUAGUAAUUGAAUGCAGAAAUAAAUAGCCCUUGUAGAUGUAAAACCAAGUCAAAAACCAAAAAAAAAAGAGCCCCAAAGAGCUUUGCAGUGCCUUGCAAUCUCCUGCUCUCCUGUUUUUCAGGAACUACAUGAAUGACAGCCUGAGAACAGAUGUCUUUGUGAGGUUCCAGCCAGAAAGCAUUGCCUGUGCCUGCAUUUACCUGGCAGCCAGGACACUGGAGAUCCCACUUCCAAAUCGCCCACAUUGGUUUUUACUGUUUGGAGCAACGGAGGAAGAAAUUCAAGAAAUUUGCUUAAAAAUCUUGCAGCUCUACACAAGGAAAAAGGUGGAUUUAUCUGAUCUGGAAAGUAAAAUAGAAAAGAAGAAAUUGGCUAUUGAAGAGGCAAAAGCACAAGCUAAAGGUCUGGUACCUGAAGGAGUUCCGAGCUUGGAUAACACAUCAGGAUUCUCCCCUAUCCCAAAAAAUGAGUCUCCAAAAGAGGUUAAAGGGAAUAAACCUUCACCACUACCUGUGCAGGCCAUGAAGAAUGCUAAAAGGAAAACUGAGGGAGCCAAGAGAACCAGCUCCAACAGCCCAGUAAAUGGUGUCCAGAAAGGAAGAGAGAGCAGGAGUCGAAGUGGCAGCAGAGAUCAGAGUUACUCCAGGUCACCAUCGAGAUCUGCAUCCCCUAAGCACAGGAAAAGUGAGAGUUACUCCACGUCCAGCGGCUCCAAAUCCCACAGCCGCUCGCGGAGCCGCAGCGAUUCUCCCCCGAGGCAAUUCAACCACAGCUCUGGCUACAAGGGCUCCAAGGUGCGGAGCUACAAGAAAUCCAAAGACUACAAAUACUCGACGCACAAAGCGCGCAAGUCGCGCAGCCGGAGCUCAUCCCGCUCCCGCAGCCGCUCCCGCGAGCGCUCCGACCACUCGGGCAAGUACAAGAAGAAGAGCCACUACUACCGGAACCACCGGCAUGAGCGCUCCCGCUCCUACGAGCGCACCGGGCACCGCUACGAGCGCGAACACCCGGGGCACAGCCGGCACCGCCGGUGAGCCCCAGGGCUGCUUCUGGGGGGGUCCCUGCUGGUGAGCCCCCAAGCUGCUUCCAGGGCUGCUUCCCAAGGACAUUCCUGCUGGUGACCCCUGGGGCUGUGUCCAGAGGGAGUUCCUGCUGGUGAGCCCCAGGACUGCUUCCAGUGGGAAUUCCCUCUGGUGAGUUGGGGUGGCUUCCUGAGGAAAUCCCCUCUGGCACCUGAGCACAGAGCUGGGAAUGCCCACUGCAGCUGCUUUCUGAGGGAUUUCCCUCCAGCACCCGGGCACAGUUGGUGAGCUGGGGCUGCUUCCCUCAGGAAUUCCAUCUGAUGCCACUGGUGAACCAGGGCUGCUUCCCUCAGAAUUCCCUCUGCCAGCAGAGCUUGCUCCCAGUGGCUUGUGCAGUACCAGGGUUUAUCUGGCUGAAGCACCCCUGGCUUGAGCUAUGUUCUGCCAGCGGUUUGUGCUCAUCCAUGAAUCCAAAGGAAAGAUUGAUGGGGUAGGAAGUGAUAUCAGGAGUGCCCUGUGCUGGGGUGUCACUAUCCACCCUCAUUUGGUGCUCCUGUCUUGCUCUUCAGUAAUUUCCAUCCCCAACGCAGUGCUGUGUUUGGGACUUCCAGUCCUGCAGGCAGCAGCUCCAUGGCCCAUCCUUGGAAUGCUGUGCCCAGCAGUUCUUACCUGUGGAGCUGGAAAGCUCCUCAGCCCCUUGGGAGUGCUUUGGUGCUAACAACAUCCUCUUUUCAUACUGGCUCUAUGAUGUUGUACAGGUGGGAGGUGACUUUUUUUUAGACCUGUUGCCUAUAUUAGGUUCUCUGUGUAUAUAUAUUUUGCAGUGUUACAGUACAGUAUGGGAAAAUGGCCUUCCUAGCCUUUACACUUUACCCACAAUGUAAAUAAGCAUUUGUUUAAUACAGGUGAAGAUAUAUACAGAAAAUUCAAAACUUGAAUUCUAUCAAAAAAGACUUGUGUAGAAAAUUCUGAUAAAUGUGAAAGUAUUUAGCUCCGUGCAUUGAGAGUAGUAUAUUUUUAUCUGUGCAAUGCUGUGUGCGGGCCACCAGCUUGGAAGACAUUUCCUAUAUAUCCAUUUGAAGUGGUUGAAAUUUCUUUACUCAGGAUCUUUGACACUGAAGAAUUCGUAGUUUGUCAGUUUGCAUGCUUGAUGAACAGAGCAUUUAAAAACCAAUUAGCAGAGCCCCACAGCCCAGUAGUAUCAGUUCUAGUGGUAUAUCUGAGCUGUUACUCUCAUGCUCCCUAAUUUCAUUAAAGUAUUUGAUUUUCUAUUACAUUCA